AUCGGAUGGACCUGGAGGAGCCAGAGAAGGUGGACAAGCUGCAGGAGCCCUUGCUGGAAGCUUUGAAAAUCUAUGCCCGCCGCCGCAGACCCAACAAGCCGUACAUGUUCCCCCGCAUGUUGAUGAAAAUCACCGACCUGCGAGGCAUCAGCACCAAAGGUGCGUGCAUGCUGUCAGCAGGGCACUGCUCAGGGAAGCUUGCAGCGCUGGUGCUUCAAGGCACUGCUGCUGGGAUGCUCACAGCACCUGUUUCCCAUCUGGUACUGACGGCACCGCUGUGA